CAACAACAACAACAACAACAACAACAACAACAACAACAACAACAACAACACUACCAUCAAGACCAAGACCAAGACCUAGACCUCACCAACCCCGACAACAACAGCAACAGCAACAACAACAACAACAAGAACAACAACAACCUAACAAAACGCCUCACGCCCAUCCCCCUAGGCCCAGCCUACAACACAAUCUCCAUCCCCGCCUCCUAUGGCCGCCUCGACACCUCUCCCUCGCCGGGCACAGUAGCCGGAAUAAUCCUCGGCAGCGUCUUCGGCUUCGUCUUCCUCCUCUACCUCCUCUGGCUUGGCCUAAGCUCUGGCCGGCGCUUCGGCAGCGAAACGCAGACGGAGAUGGCGUCGGCGAGUAGCGCGGGUGGUAUGCGGCGGAGACGGGGGAGACGGAUUGUGGUUGAGGAGGAGAGGCCGGCGAGUGCCCAUAGCCAUGGACAUGGGGAUCAUAUUAUUGUGGAGGAGAGUGUGACGAGUGCGCCGAGUCGGUCGGAGGGGGAUGUUAUUGAGGUUUUUGAGGAGGCUAGUAGUGUGGAUCGGCCACCGAGACGGGGGAAGCAUAAUGGUGGUGGUAGUGGGUGGAGGAGGGGGGAUUUGGAGGGGAGUGAGUUUAGUUCUAGGAUUUGAUGUUGGGGUUUGCCUAUUCUUAUUCUUGUUUGUUGUUUGUUGCUUAUUGGGGGGGAGUGGAUGGGGAGUGGAU